AUGCAACAAUUUGAGGACGGGGCAAGGCCUUCCCGAUUUUCCGAGUUUUCAACCAUGGAUGGUUCGGAGCAAUACCAGCAACAACAACAAGCAUACUAUGAUGAUCAAUCUUCUUCGUAUGAUGAGACAAAUUCGGGCUCGGUCAAUCAUAAACCCUAUACAUUGGAUCCAGCUUUACGAGCAGUUUUAAAAUACAGGAGAAGAAAAUUUGAUGAUGCUGUGGAUAGUUGCAAUGAAUUGCUUCGUAAAAAUUACAAGGACAUGUCCAUGUGGUAUCUCAAAUGUAAAUCGCUAACUGCAAAAAUGUGGAUUGAUGAUACCGAAAUGGAAGAUGAAGGAAUUGCUGAUAUUUUACUCGAUGAGACUUCUGUCACUACUGCACCAAGGCCAGGUACAUCCUUAAAGAGGCCACUCACAAACUCUUCGGGGAAGAGAAGUGCCAAUCCAAGUAUACGACCUCAAACCAAAGAUGGUCGCCCAAUUACAGGCUUCUCUCGACCUGGCACAAACAGUGGGAGAGGAACAUCGAGUCGUGGAGGAACAGGUACCGCUGGUCAAAGUAGAGGAGGUACCUCAAGUAUUGAGAAUAUCUUUAAAGGAUCACGUCCGGGUACAACACGUCCUGUGACAUCGACAGGAAGAUUUGUCAGACUUGGAACUGCUUCCAUGAAAAUUUCUGGAAUGGAUCAAGAGUAUGCCAUCUCUACAGAACAUAUCGACUUGAAAAAAUAUGCUACCAUGCCUCCUCUUGCAAAAGCCCUCUAUGAUUAUUUAAUUUUUGUGGAGCAUGACGUGAAGCGAGCUCUUGAGUUAGCUUCGUAUGCCACCAUUGAGGCCGAGUUUAAGGAUUGGUGGUGGAAAGCUCGCUUAGGAAAAUGUUAUUACCAACUUGGAUUAUUACGUGACGCUGAAAAACAAUUCCGUUCUGCAAUCAAAACUCAAAUGAUGAUUGCAACUUGUUUAGAGUUGGCAAAAGUAUUUCUGAAACUUGAUCAACCCAAUAAGGCUUUAGAAGAGUACGAAUCUGCUUGUUUGAAAUUCCCAAAUGACACACAUUUGCUGUUGGGUAUUGCCCGAGUGCAUGAUUCCUUAAACGACCUUGACAAGUCCAUCCAAUAUUAUGAAAAAGUGUUGCAACUGAAUAGCAGCAAUGUGGAAAGUAUAGCUUGUUUGGCCAGUAAUUAUUUCUAUGAAGAUCAACCGGAGGUAGCCAUGAGAUUGUACCGAAGACUCAUACAAAUGGGAGUCAACAAUACUGAGCUAUGGAAUAACUUGGCUCUAUGUUGCUUUUAUGCCUCACAAUAUGACAUGGUAUUCUCAUGCUUUGAUCGAGCUCUUCAAUUGGCCGAUGACACUAACGAAGCAGAUGUUUGGUAUAAUAUUGGCCAAGUGGCAAUUGGAAUUGGUGACGUGGGUCUCGCAUACCAAUGCUUCAAAAUUGCAACCAGUAUUGAUAACGAGCACUCGGAAAGUUUCAAUAAUUUAGGUGUUUUGGAAUUGAGAAUGGGAAAUUCUGAGGAAAGCAAAAAUUAUUUUGCUCAAGCAAUGGCACUUGCUCCCAAUCAACAUGAGCCUAUAUUCAACAAUGCCUUACUAGCAUUCAAAAAGGGUAAUCAUCAAUUGGCUCAUGAAUUGACUCUCAAGGUCUUAAAGGAUAUUUAUCCGGAGCAUGCCGAUUCUAUAGAGCUCAAAAAGAAAUUGGAGGCCAAAUACCUCAUGUUGUAG